AAGGGCGUAUCCACUCUUUGGGAAUCAGGAAACACGUUACUGUUUGUGAGAAGUCCCUCCUUUACUUUAGUUUGACCGCGGUUGGUGGUGACCAAACCGUCAACGGCCGCCCGUUCCAAACAUCAUCACCAGCUCCGGUCCAUCAAUGGCCGAUUCAACUGCGGCCGUCGAUACCCCGGGUCAGCCUACAGUUAACGGAAAAGGUGACGGUGGAGCGGGGACAACCAACCCAGACUACAUUGCUUUCGUCCUGGUUCCGGUUUUCUUCCUUCUGGGCCUGUUGGGGGUGGUGAUCUGCCACGUGUUGAAGAGUAAGGGCUAUCGGUGCACCACUGAGGCCCACGAUGGGGAGGAGGAGUGUGAGGAGGAAGAGAAGGAUCCUGAGCUGGGCGGAGACAUGAAUGACACCAUGAGUGACAACAAUGACACAGUCGGACAGAUCGUCCGCUACAUCAUGAAAAAUGAAGCAAACUCAGACGCCCUGAAAGCCAUGGUUCAUGAAAACAGCAUCGACUCUGAUGGUCCUCCGCUCACCCCCACCUCUCCGGGCACCCCGACCCCUCCGCUGACUCCCGUAUCCCCGGGUGCACCCCCAGGAGCCGCCAAGCACACCUGCAACCACCUGCACACCAUCGGCGGCCUGGGCGGCCACAAGAACAUCUGCAACCGCUGCAGCCAGAAGAAAUGGCCGCUGAUGCGGAGGCCGUCGGCCCGCAAGGCGGAGCAGCAGCAGCAGCAGCGGCACAGCCAGCACAGAGAGGUCACGGUCCUGGCUGUGGGCAGGUUCCGGGUGACAAAGUGUGAAAAACCAACGAGGGAGAGGCGGACGCUGCUGAUAUCAGACUCCAACGGGAGCGUCCCCGCGUCUCCCACGGAGCUGGAGCCCCGGAGCCGGACCACGUCUGAGUCCCAGCAGGAGCGGACGGACGACUCGGACAAAGAGAAACGAUAGAAAUCCAGCCUUUUACAAAGAGAGGAGAAAACAACAACAUCUGGACUCUUUUUAAAAAACACAAACAACAACAUUAAAAACAUCAGCGCUGGAGGAGGAGCAGUGAAGUCGACCAGGGAGUCGAACCCUCCACGUUCCUGCACCGCGGGGAGCCAAAAGUGCUGACGACGAGGACGGCGGCGGCGGCGAGAGCGAUGCACACACACAGUCGCAGCAGCCGGUUAUUUUAUAAGCAGAAAGAGGGAGUGCGUGUCUGUCUGUGAUGCACCUCAUUUCCUCUUCAAAUAGAUUCACAAUAGUGCCUUGCUCAAGGGGCAUUUCAGCAGGGCGAGGGAAGCCUGAACCGGGGCUUUCCACAUGAACUACGGCCUUGUUCGUCAAUAUGCCGACGAUGUGUGUACAUAUGUUUUUAUAUGUGGAGGGCAAGAAAAGUCAGAUAAUUGAUAGAAGAAUAAAAAAAUACACACCCUCAUUGAGAGAGGUCGAACCAGUCUGAGAUUAAGUUGUAAGUUCCCAAGCAGGAAGGAGGAACAAGCUAAUAAUAGCAAUCAGAGAAGCAGGAAAGAGACUGGAUGUGAUAAGAGUGACUCAGCAGUAAGAACAUAGUGUGCCUUAGUAGAGAUGGAAGAAAAAUUUAUUAAACCCUUUUUUUUUCUUUUUACGAGGGCACAAAUUCGCUCUUAAUAUUCAAACUCAGCUGCUCGCUCAGUGUUUUCUCUUAAACUCAGUGUUAUUUUGCCAUUAACAUAAAACAUCUUAACCCAUAAAGGUCAAUCUGCUCUCGGUCACUGCCACGUUUUUCAUUUGUGGCAGAAAGACAUUACUAAAUAUCUACAUGUUAUUUUUUGGCACAUUAUCAGUUUAUAACAUCUUUUUUUGCCUGUUUACACCAAGCAACCACCGCCUAUGAACUUUUCUUUUAGCUUCAGUUUGGUCUCCACCAGGCAGAUCAAAUCAUACGAAAAGAUGCAUUAUGGGAAAUGUAGGAUUAACUGUUUUUUUUAAUAGCUUGAACCAGACUAAAAGUCAACAUACAGUCAUGGAAAAAAAUAUUAGACCUCACUUGUUUUCUAUAAUAUCUUGUUCAUUUUAAUGUCUGGUACAACUAAAGGUACAUUUGUUUGGACAAAUAUAAUGAUAACAACAAAAAUAGCUUCCUUUUUUUUUAUUAUGAUUUUGGUUAUUAUCAAGAAAACCAUGGAAAAUGUCUAGAUAUCAGCUCUUAGAUUAAACUCUUAUGAGAUAUUUUUGUUGUUUUCAUUAUAUUUGUCCAAACAAAAAGUUGUACCAGGCAUUAGAAUAAACAAGAAAUUGAAGGAAACAACGGUAUAAUAAUUAUCUACAUUAUUGUAUCACGGCCUUUGCUGCUUUGAUUUUUUUUUUUAAAGCAAGAUCUCCAAUUUUUUAAUCUUUCUCUUGUGAGUUGUACCACUUUAUGCAGGUGUGAUACUAAAUCACUGGAGUCAUGAGCUAAUCAUCCAAAUGUAUUCCCAGAUCUUUGCCAUCAAAAUGUAUCAUUUAAGGAAUGUUUUUCUUCCAACUUGGAAUUUGUGAAUGUAAUUUCAAUUGUGCCUCAUUUAAAAGAUAAACCAAAACAUAUGUUAUUAUUAUAUAUUUUGGGACAGUUUACUGUUUUUAUUGUUGUAUAAUGAAAAAAUAAAGAGGACUAAUGCAUAUGAAA